ACGUCUGAAUCGCGCACACUUAAGUUGGCAGCCGACAGUUAUGGACGAAGGUUUUCUAGAACAGAUUAAUAUUUUAACAAACAAAAUGGACUAUGAGUUGCACACGAGAGUAAAUAAGUUGGAGUACAUCUUGAAACAUUUGAUCAAAAUAUUGUUGUGGAAGGAGAGGCACGUUAUAGAAUUCAAUAUACCGGAACACGAAUUGAAAACAACUUGGUCUGUCAUCGAUGAACCCAAAGUGCUCGUUAAAAUAGGUUGUUUUUUCGAUUGCUUGGAUCCCAGUUGUAACUCCAGGUUACAACGUUUCAUGAUGAAACUCUUCUCUGAUAAUAUGUUGUGUCCUGAAAAAGACGUUUCGCGCAAGUUAUUUAAAAACGAGUUGCGCGUGCAGCGGGAAAUUUUGCCGCAGAUCGAGGACUUACUGAGAGCAAAUGUAGGACCAAUUUUGCAAUAUUCCUCAGACAAAUUGAAAAUGUUCUUUCUGGAGGAUUUAUCGAAUAAAGGAUAUCAAAUGAAACCUUACGAUAGAGGUUUGAAUUUUUCAUAUUCCGUCAAAGCAAUACAACUUAUGGCCAAAUUCCACGCAGCCUCGGUGGCUUUGCAUGAACAGAAUCCUACUUUAGUAGAGUCUUUCAGAAUCGACAAAAGUUUGACAGCAGAAAGUUCGGAACAUUUGAUACAAGUAUUUCAUGACUCUAUGAAGAUAGCAAGUGUUCUUAUAAAUAUGUACUAUCCGAUAAUCGCGGCUAAAAUGAAAAUGGUAGCCGAUAGAGUUUACACUAUGCAACAAAUCAUCGAUUUGUACAAUUACGAACCUGAAGAAUUUUGUGUGCUAAAUAAUGGAGACUUUUCCGUUCAUAAUCUAUUCUUUAGUGAAGAAGACAGCAAUUGUCCUUCCUUACUGCAAAAUUUUCAGAUGGCAAACUAUUCAUCGCCAGCUAUUGACUUGCAUCACUUCUUAAAUAUCUCUCCCGAAACUGCCGUAAUAUAUGAUCAGGAUGAGCAAUUGUUACAUAUGUACUUGACGAUUUUGUGUAACACAAUGAACGCGCUAAACUGCAAGACGAAACCACCAACGAUGGAACAGUUGAAAGCGGCUAUGCGAAAGAGAGAAUUAUACGCCGUGUUUGUAGGUGUGACAUUUAAGUUAAAUAUGGUUGCGGAUAAAAUAGAAGAAGACGAAGAAAAUAGUGAUUACGGCAAAAAUCCGUACGAGGAACUUGUGAAGAAGAUGUGUUUAACUAUGUUCCACAAAAAGUACUUUAACUGUAUAUAACGUAAAUAGAAAGACAAAAGAUUCGCAUCAAUUAUCGGAAACGAGCGACAAAUUUGUAAAAUAUUUUAGCCUUUUCGAAUCUUGUUUUUUGAUACAAAAUAACGACACGUAAUCAGAAAGCGGUAUUGAUUAAUUCUAUGUUUUCAUUCUACAGUUUAUAUAAACAAUGUAUAUGAUUCGCAUGUGUGUGCGAAUAAUGAAUUUCGUAAUCGUGUUUGCGAUAAAUAGAAAGACGUAUUACCAAGAGUAACUUACAAAUAUUAAGUUCAAAAAAUUCUCACAGAGAAGUACUAUUAUAUUUUUCUUUUAUUAAAUAUGUAAAUGCAACAUUUUUUAAAAGCAAGCGAAAACUGCACAUAGGAUAAAUUGUUAUGCCACAUUUAUCGCAUGUGUGAUAAACUGUGUUCUUAAAAUAGUUUAAAAGUAUACAAUUUUAUCAGAAAAUAGGAAUAGGUGAAAGAUUGACAUCAAACAGAAAUAUACAGUCAGACUUUUAUUUGUUUUUUUUUUUCGUUGUUUUUGUAGAGUUGCUAAAUUUUUCGUUUUCUCUAAAGUUAUUGUCUCCUUUUCGCGAUGACAUUCCACUGCCACCAUCUCGCGAAACGAUAAUUAGUAACAGUAACAUUAUGAUGAAAUUUACUACGUUGGACUGGAAAAAAAAGUAAAUACGGAGAAGUCUCGUUGCCGAUAAAGUGACAAAACAGAGGUCCAACUGUAAUUUUUUCUCUUGCAAGAAUUUAUUCGAAAGAAAGAUGCGUCGUAUGCCACAUUCAGGUUUACAUUAGUGAAUAAAAUUCGCUUUAUUGUAUUCUUUUAAACUUUUUUCUAACUAAUAAAAAUGUUGCUAACUUAUGACUUAUAUCCUAAUGAACUGUAAGUUAUUUUAUAAUGUAUAAAAAUCACAUUUUGUAUGUUACGCUGCGUGGUC